AUGGACAUCUCGGAUUCUAGUAAAGCUAUCGACCGCUGGGGCAAAUGGGGUGACUGCAAGAGCCAGGAGGGAGUAUACAGCAGAUCGAUGCAAUUAUUCCUAACGCUCUGCGUCCUCGCAGUGAGCUGUGCCAUCCGCGCACUGAAGGAUGGUAUUGGUGGAGCUUCAUCUAGCACAUCUUCGUAUGUCGAUCCUGAGUCCUACAUCUCGGAGGAUGAGGCAUCAAGGAGCGGCGUUCUGACUCUCUUCGAGGACAUAAGAAGACUUGGUGAAGAUUGCCCGGUUCUCGGUGUUGUGGGCUCUUUCUUCCACCGACUCAAGGUCAUGAGUGAUGAUAUGUUGGUACGUGCCAUCAGGAUACGGCUCAACAUACUACUUUCGCGGUGCAUACCAUUGCUCACUCAGCCUGGUGGAGAGCUUGCUCAUGUUCUGAAGUGGUGGAUGCUCGGAUGCGAAGAGGGAAAGGUGGACGAAUGUGUGCUAAAUAAACUUUUUCCGCAUCUGGGGAAUCGAUGGGACAGUUAUGGCCGCCAUAAAGUCAUAUCAGAGUCCUUCUCCGGAUUGCAGUUUAUCAGCGACUACACCUACAGCUGUCUCAAAAUACAGCAUCCAUCGUGGUCAUGGAAGCGUCGUUCGAAGAACCUCUACUACUCGAUCGACAAUGGUUCCUGGUCUAGGAUCUUCGCCGAGCUGUGCCGACCGGGUAUCUCUGGCGAAUAUGGUAUGUGCCAAGGCACAUUUGUGAGUAUGACGAACUUCGAAGUACAGGGCAACUAUCUGGAAGCCCUCACUAGCUUCGUCUUGCCACACCUAAGGGAUUGGACAAGCUUACUGCUCAUCCACGCUCUGGCGAUCCGCAAAAUGCAUGAUCCAUCCUACCUCGAUGGUAUUGCAGACUACUUCCAGAGCGUGGCCAGCGGUAAGGGCAACUUGCGGCAUCUGGCUGACCCCAAGUCUAGUACCGCCAAUGAGCAGCAUGAGCAGUCGUGGAAAGAGAAUCUUUCCCAGGUGAAGCAUCUCAUCGCCGUCGGUGCCCUCGAUGAGCAUCGUAGUGGGUUCUCUCGCUUAACGAACAGAGCGUUCUGUUCACAAAGCUCACCACUAAGUGAGAUGUCCAAAGCCACGGCUACUGCUGCAGUGGCGGAACGCCGAUCGAGGAAGUCGAAAAGGAGAAUAGCGGGGCGCCGUCGGCCGCAGUCCAAGAAGAAGAUGGAUCUAGACGAAGAAACAGGUCCCGAAGCGUAG